ACGUGACGCAGAGUCAGCUGAUUUCCUCGGGUUCGCAUUUGUCCUUCUCUGUAAAAAAUACAGUGGGGAUAUUCCCUUAUUUCUAGUGUAUAAUUGUUUGAAUUAUGGCAAGUCAGUCUCAAGGUAUUCAGCAGCUUUUACAAGCUGAAAAACGGGCUGCAGAAAAGGUCGCUGAAGCCCGCAAACGGAAGAACCGACGCCUGAAGCAAGCCAAGGAGGAAGCUCAGGCAGAGAUUGAACAGUAUCGUCUGCAAAGAGAAAAAGAGUUUAAGACCAAGGAAGCUGCAGCUCUGGGCUCUCAUGGAAAUUCUGCUGUGGAGGUGGAUAAAGAGACCGUGGACAAGAUGAGCCACAUCCAGAAUAGUUACCAUCAAAACCGUGAUGCUGUACUGAACAACCUACUGAAGAUUGUGUGUGACAUCAAGCCAGAAAUCCAUGUCAAUUACCGUGUUGCUGGAUAAAUUCCCUUAAUGUAUUUACAAUUUUAUCACAAUAUCUUUUAUGCAAUGGUGAUAGACAAAUUCUACCAUUGUAUAGGCAUACAUGUGUAGGUAUUGCUGUAACAGAGCCAUACUACCACUAUAUAUGUCUCUACAAUUUUCUGUUUUUCUCUGAUGAAAACUGUAAAGAUAAAAUAUGGAAUUUAUGUGAUUUAAGAAAUCGUAUUGAAAUCAAUUGGAAAUAUAUUUAGUUGUCUCUGCUUGCUUAAGCUUUAGCUGUGUUUUUUUUUUAAGGAUUGCGUCAUGACUGGUUUAGUACAUGUCUCUGCGUUAUUAAAUAACUACUCUUUUGGACUAUCAGUGUUCUCUGUGUAAACUUACCAGUAGUUGUGUUUGGCUAUGCAGUGUAUUGGUAAAUUAUUGAUAAUGUGUUGUGGUUGCAGCAUAAAACAGUGAGUGGCAAACUUAACAAACCAAUCUUGCGAAGAAAUAUCAAUUUAGUUAUCUGUGGCUUCCUUAUUUGAUAUUAAUGUGUAGCAUUCAUUGUUAAACCAGUGUGGUAAUAAACCAUGAAUAACUUGA